AUGCCUCACAAACACAAGAGACGUGAUAAGGAUGAUUCUCAUUUCGAUCUCCCGCCUUCAGUGAUCGCGAAAGCACUGCCUGUCCGCGACCAACAAGCGAAACCGAAACCCGGUCAAAAGUCUCAACACGGUAAAAAGCCUCAGCCAAAGCCCCAGCCGCGAACCCAAACAAAUGCAAAGCCACCAAAAGCUCCUGCAACGUCGCGGCGCAAGAAUGCCACCGAACUCGACACUCCCAAGGCCUUCCAGCGGCUGAUGCAGUACGCCAGCACGGGGAAGCGCCUUUCAGGACUGGACAACGGCGAAAAGAAGCAAGCGAACAAGAAGCGGAAACGUGAAGACUCCGACAGCAAAGAAAAGACAUCCAAGAAGCCCGUCGACGACAAGGCUGCGCCACCAGCGGCCAAGGAGAGCAAAGAUGUCAAGCAACCGAUGCCGAAAAUUCUACCCGGUGAAAGACUGGCAGACUUUGCGGCCCGUGUGGACCGUGAACUUCCAUUGUCUGCGAUGACAAAAUCUAGCUCAGGCGCACCAAAGGUGAAAGAUCACAAAAUGACCAAACAUGAGAAACAUCUUCGCCGUCUACAAGCGGGAUGGCGUGAAGAGGAUGCUAAGAUUAAGGAACGGGAGCAAGCUGAGCGUGAAGAGCGCGAGGCCGAGAUGGAAGAGCAGCUGGAUAUCUUGAAACAGUGGGAUGCGGAGGCACGAGGAGGCAAAGCCAAGAAGAAGGGAAUAGCACCAAAGAAAAAGAAGGGUUCCAACGGAGCCGACGACAGCGGUGAUGAUGACCCUGAUCCUUGGGCAAAGCUGAAGAAACGCGACAAGGAGAGGCAGGCCAAUCCGUUCGAGGUCGCGCAAGCUCCGCCACAAUUGACAAAGCCCAGGGAGAUCUUCAAAGUCCGGGGGGAGCCAUGGUUGAUGUUGCUAAUGUUCCAAAUGCCGUUGGUAGUUUGA